CGCAGUUUAACCUGAAAAGGUUAAAGUGCAUUAGUCAGAAAACUGUGCAACUAUCCAAACAUGAAGGUCCUGAACAGAGACGAGCUGCAGAUCGCUGAAGGAGUUCUGCUCAAACACUUACCGAAGAGUUAUAAGGUGUACGGUUUCCUCUUCGGUAUCAACAGGAACAAACCGACUACACUGGAAGUUGUGGUCGAUGCGUGGCCUGAUUUUAAAGUUAUCAUCUGCAGACCAGACCCCGAGAACAAGCGUGCCUCGAAUUUCAUGAAAAUGACAUACUACAGCACGGAUGAACAGAGUUUGAGGAAAAUGCUGACAGACGCGAAUGCUGUUGAUUGGAGCACUUAUUUCUCGAUAGGAGGACUUGAUGUUUCCCAUGCACCAGUCCUCAAACAAGUGUCUUGUGACAGAAGAGUAAAAUACAAAACUGAUAUUUUAGUACACCUUCUGUAUUUGCAAGACACCAACUAUCUGCACAUGCCAGCGAUUAACAGUGAGCUUGAGUCGAGGAUUUCAUCUCUUAAUCUUUCUCACGUUGACUUGGUGAAUAAAACCUGGAAGUUCGGAGGAGACGAGAAGGGUUACAGGAAGAUCGAAAACCAAAUCAGUAACUUCCCAUCAUGCUGCAUCACAGACGGCCAGGGUCUGCCCGUGUCCUGGAUACUCGUAUGUGAUUACUGUGCUCUGGGAAUGUUGUAUACGCUGCCAGAGCACAGAGGGAAAGGAUAUGCCAAAGUCGUGAUCAGCACUUUGGUCAAGAAACUCCAUGCUGAGGGUUACCCGGUGUUCUGCUACAUAGAAGAGGACAAUGUGCUGUCCUACAAACUCUUUAAAAACCUGGGCUUCAUUGAGGAUCCUUCUUACAGGGCUGCAUGGUUAGAGUUCAAUUUUUCGGAUUAGAUUUCACGAAAUAACUGUACU